UGUGUGACAGAGAAACAGAAAUGGGAAGUAGAGUUUAAAAUGGGAGUGUGGAUUAUGAGCCCCAAGAAGAAGUGGUGGGUGUGGUGUGGGUGGGUAUACAAUGGGAAGCAGAGCUUUGCUGCUUCUGAGAGGAAUAACCAUAAGAGCAGACCAUGGCAUCUCCUUCAGCUUACAGAGGAGCAGCUUCGGAAAAGAUUUUAUAGGGAAGAGAAGGAGGGUUCGAAAUUAUUCGAUUAGGUCUGGUCUUGAGCCUCCUGAUGUGCUUCGUUUGGCAGAAACCGCUCGAAUUUCUCUCACCCCAGAUGAAGUUGAAGAAUUCGCUCCAAAAAUUCAAAAAGUGGUAGACUGGUUUGGGCAACUCCAAGCGGUUGAUCUUCAGAGUAUUGAGCCAGCCAUUAGGGCAGAUACUGAAGGUGACAAUUUGCGUGAUGAUUUGCCUGAAACAUUUGAGAAUGGGCAAGCCAUGAUAGCUGCUGUUCCAAGCUAUGAAGAACCAUAUAUUAAAGUGCCCAAAGUUUUGAACAAGGAGUAACAAUGUUUUGGAAUGAAACAAAUAGGUGGCACGAGGCGGGAUUCAUUUGGAGUUUGAAGCAAGAGAAUGCUGUGGCAUUAUCAUGUCACAUGUGGAGUUGGAACUAUUUAGUGUUUUUUGUGAUGUUUGAGAGCAAAUAUGCAGAUUCAUGCACAAUAUGUAACUAUGAAGUGGGUUGUGCCCAUAGUAAACAUUCUUAAACAUUGAUCGAAAUUGAACUAUGAGGAUUUAAGUGCGUCGUGGUGGAUUAGGUUGGCAUUAUCAUGCAAGGAACGUUCCAGACUCUGAUCUUAUUAAAACCAACAUCAAACAAGGAUGUCUGCAUAUAUAACACUU